AUGGCUCGAGCUGAUACAACUAAAAGCACACAAAUUGGCGACUCCCUCCUUCGACGCAUUGUUGCAGGGUUCCUUGUGCUUGGCACCACUUGUGGGUUCCUGCUUCCAAUCGUAUACUCGAACCAAGCCUAUGCUGCACACGUCUUCGUACCAUCUCUGGCUCUUGCACUCAGCGAAGUACUCUACCGUCCGCCAACCAAAUCAUUUAAAGACAAGAACUCCAGGACUUCGUUGCAUCUCUUGCUGACGGGUUUCGUGGGGCAACUGCUUGGCCUGAUCCUCUUCUUCUUCGAUCGCAAACCUUUUGAUGUGGUGGAGAAUGGCGAAGCCUUUGUGGGGUCGGCGUACAGCCGGGCCGCUCUGUUGGUUCAAUCCGUGGCCGCCUUUAUGUGGCUCUGGUCCAUGAGAUCCUUGCAAGGACACUUUACGGCGAAUCUUGAAAUCGUUCAAGGCCACCGUCUCAUCAACCAUGGCAUUUAUGGCUUUGUUCGCCAUCCGGGAUACGCCGCGAGUCUCUUGAAUAUAGUCUCCACGUCGUUCGCCCUGACCCGCAACGUUGCCUUCGCCGGUGGAAUGUUCCUGUCGCUCGUAAUUGUGUACAGCAACCGCAUCCGCGAUGAAGAGCGCAUGUUGUACAGAAGCUUUGGAAAGGAGUAUCUCGAAUACCGCCGUCGCACAGCCGACCUGCUUCCAUUCCUAGGGAAUUUGUUGGCGCCAUCUGAACUGGAAGUCGCGAAAACCAAUUAG